CAUUGAUCAUUGUGUUGGUCGAGUGUUUGGUAAUGAUGUGGAAUGUGAUAUUGUUUUGUUCGGUUGCCUUAUCUGGCGUCAAGAAAUCAAUAAGCAGUGGUUCUAACACAAAUGGAAGUUUGAUCGACUAUGAGUCAAGUAAAGGAGAAAUGCUCAAAAUAUCCACAUUCAUAAAUAAUGUUCUAAAAGACUACGACAUAAAGCUGCGACCCAAUGCUGGAGGAAAACCAGUAGAGGUUGAAGUGGAGUUCAAGGUUGUCUCACUUGGCAAAAUCGACGAGGCAAAUAUGGAAUAUACUAUGGAUAUAUUUUUCCGUCAAUGGUGGCAUGACCCACGUUUCAAGCACAACUACACCAAGGCUUUCACCAUGGCGGAAGAUGCCAGGAAAUUGUUCUGGAUUCCAGACACGUACUUCAUCAACGCAAUGAAAUCCAGCUUCCACAGGGUGACCAAGGACAAUUCGCGGAUAAUAAUCUAUCCCAAUGGCGAUGUUUAUUACAGCACCAGGUUGACGGUCACUCUUCAGUGCUACAUGAAUCUUUUUCUCUACCCAAUGGAUACCCAAAAGUGCCCAUUCCUCCUCGAAAGCUAUGCGUAUACAAAAGAUGAUGUUUUCUAUCGAUGGACAAAACGAGGGACAAAAGGGAUUGAAAUAAUGUCCAAAGAGACUGCCCAGUUCGUGCUCCUUCUAUCCAGAACAGAACGAAUAGACGAAGACAAGAUAUCUGGCAACUUUUCUCAGCUUCUUGCAACGUUCACCUUCAAACGUCGCUUGGAAUACUUCAUCAUCACCAUAGUAACACCCGCCGUCAUUCUGGUCAUUCUUUCGUGGUGCUCCUUCUGGAUAGUCCCGGAUGCUAUCCCAGCACGCAUAUCUCUCAGCAUCACUACAAUCCUGUCCACACUUCUAUUGUCCGGUACAGUAAAUGCGCAGAUGCCAAAAGUCAGCUAUCUAAAAGCCAUUGAUGUUUUUCUGUUGGGAAACUUCACGUUCAUCUUUCUUGCCCUGAUUGAAUACGUUGCGGUCUUGAAUACCAACCCAAGAUGCCCAUUCAAGGUUGGUUUCCUCAAAAAGAUUUGCAACACCGGCGAAAGCAAUGAAGAAAAGGAUGUAAAAAGGAACAGCAGAUGCGAGCACAAGCCAAGUGAUCCAAUGCUGAUGUAUGACAUGAACGGAUUCUCUUGGGACGCCGCCAACAAUGGUUAUCCAAGAUACCACUACAUCGAUAAACUUUGUCGUAUUGUCUUCCCUCUGGCUUAUGUAAUAUUCAUCAACGCCUAUUGGUUUUAUUACCGGAAUCUGGCCACGGUAAGGCAGGAGAGUGGAUAUUCUGUUUAGAAGACACUUUUGAUUUCAAUUCCAACUAGAGCUUGAAGCACUGAACCCUUGUAGGAUAAGAACUUUUCCACGCGACGAGCCUUGGUUAAUUCUGUUGCUAGGUUCAUAUCCUGUUUUCGGUAGCUCAAAUAAAUAAAUCACUCAAGACUUUAUAUACCAAUCAACGAUUAGCAGAAUUCCAUUUGUAGUUUCUUUAGUAUUAUACUUGUCUUUGACUUUCGCAGCACUUUUUGGGUUCUUUAAAAGAAUAUACCCUUUUCGAAUUCCAAAUUACCGCUGUGUUCCUUGAUUACACACUCAUUUACUCAGGGUUACCCUCGUAUGAGUGUUUAAAUAUUCACAAAUACCAACGCUAAAGUAAACAAUUCACAACUACAACAAUACAAACACUUUGAAACUCCAAGGACCUUGACUUGAACACAUGAUUAUUCUGCACAAAAUCGAAAAUGGUCUAUUCCAGCAUUAUUUGCAAGUUGAUACUAUUCAAUGCAAGAACUCAUUGUUGCAGACUUUUGUUCAAAAAUGAAAUACAAUUUAUAAUACAUUUGUGGUCUUUAUCAAUAUCGUUUUGAUCUUUACAAAAGCUCAAAAAAAAAAGAUUAAUAUAGCUAACAUUUCGUUUGCACAAGGGCGCAAGUAAAAUAAAUUUUACUGUACUGAAGCUAGAUUUGAUUAACUUGAGGUGUUACACUGCAAUGAGAUCUCAGCAACUUGCAGCAUUUUUUGGGCUGGGUAGGCUAGGGAGAACUCGCAAUAAUAUUUGACACGAAAUUCAUGCCUUUAAAUUGCGAGAAAAGUUGUUGGAGGGGUGAAACACUGUACACUGCCGGUUGCUGCAAUCCGCUGCGAAAAGUAGAAAUGAGUUCUACUUCGUGCAACGCUACGGGAAACAAAAAAAUUGCGAGGUAAUCCCUGUUACACUGUGCAAUUUUCUCAGCGACUUGUCUCGCAACAGUUGUCAGACAAGUUGCUGAGAAAAUUGCACAGUGUUCAGACCUUGCACAGACCUUCACGGCUGGACGCGUGCGGCUGGGAUUGUUAUUUUUAGACAAGCAAAAUCUUGCCACUCAGAUUUGACCGGAAGGAUUCUGAUUGACUACUAUUCUUGUAUUCUUUAAGGGAAAAAAUAGACUCUUCACUGAAGAAAUUCUGAAACGUUUUGCAGCAGCGAUCGCAAACAGUAAACAGUGCUGUUAAACCAUCACGUGACAGACUUUUUAAGUCUUCUCUAAGUUUAGAAAAAAUAAAUAAAAUCGUUGUUUAUGUUAAA